UCUGGAGACAAUGAAGUAAACUGGAGCAGAUAUGGAUUAUCUCAAUUUCCUGCCACUGCUCUGUUUCAUAUGGGCAUGCAUCCAUGUCUUCACAUAUUAUAAGCUUGGCCGCCGGAAGUCCCUUCCACCGGGUCCCCGCCCUUUACCGUUCAUCGGAAACAUAUUCCAGCUCGGCGACAAACCCCACCAAGACCUUGCAAAACUCUCAAAAACUUUUGGACCUCUUGUGACCCUCGAGCUAGGUAGCUUAACAACUAUAGUCGUAUCUUCUCCUGAUCUUGCCAAAGAAACAUUAAUCAAACACGACCAAGCCUUAUUUAGCCGGACAAUUCCAGAAAACAUUCGCGCGUAUAACCACCACAAUAAUUCGGUGGUGUGGUUGCCCUCAUCAACUCAUUGGAGAAACCUCAGGAAGAUCGGUGCGACGCAAAUGUUCACAGUGCAAAGGCUCGACGCUAGCCAAGAAGUUCGUCGAAAAAAGGUGCAACAAUUGCUAGAUUUUGUGCAUGAAAAUUGCAAGAAGGAUCAAGCCAUUGAUAUUGGUCAAGCUGCCUUCACCACAACCCUUAAUCUAAUGUCAAGCACCUUCUUCUCUAUUGAUUUGGCGGGAUAUUCUUCUGAUAUUUCACAUGAGUUUAAUGACCUUGUAGUUAAAAUAAUGGAAGAAACUGGAAGGCCAAAUCUUGCAGACUAUUUCCCCAUCCUUAGUUUAGUGGAUCCACAAGGUGCUUACAAACGCACGAAGAUUUACUUUGAAAGAUUACUUAAACUUUUUGAUGGUAUCAUCAACGAUCGGAUCGCUUCAGGAAUGACAUCUAAGGAAAGCCAAAGCCAUGAUGUACUCGAGUCGCUCCUCAUGCUUGUCAAAGAAGGCAAUUCCGAAAUAAGCCUUCUUGAUAUAAAGCAUCUACUCUUGGAUUAUUUUGUUGCGGGUACUGACACAACCGCAAGGACAUUAGAGUGGACAAUGGCAGAGCUACUCCACAACCCUGAAAAACUUGCAAAAGCUAAAGGCGAGCUCAAAGCAUUUGAGGGGGUAGUCCAAGAAGCUGACUUGUCCAAGUUCCCUUAUCUGCAAGCAAUAGUUAAAGAGACUUUUCGAUUGCACCCACCGGCUCCAUUCCUGGUGCCCCGUAAAGCUGAAUCUGAGGUUGAGAUAAGCCGCUUCAGGAUUCCCAAAAAUGCGCAAAUACUAGUCAACGUCUGGGCAAUGGGAACAGAUGCAAGCAUAUGGCAGAACCCAUAUAGCUUCGAGCCUGAGAGGUUUCUAGAUAGCAAAAUUGACGUGAAAGGGAGAGAUUUUGAGCUAAUCCCAUUUGGAGCCGGAAGAAGGAUUUGCCCAGGAUUGCCAUUAGCGCACAGGAUGGUCCACUUAAUGUUGGCUUCUCUUAUACAUUCAUUCGAGUGGAAACUGGCAAAUGGGAUGAAGGCUAAGGACAUGGACAUGAAUGAAACAUUUGGCCUCACAUUACGCAAGACUGAGCCUCUCUUGGCAGUCCCACAUCUCCAUUAAACCUAAACAGUAAACUUUUUCCUUUCAUUUCCUUUUUCUGUAUCCCGAAUCAAAAUUAUAUUUAAUGAAUCUUUAAUUAAAUAAAACCAAAUUGGCUGGUGUAGUUUGGUUUUACUGCUUAAACUAAAUAAUAAAUUAAAUCAAAAUUAUGUGUUAUUGACAAA